UCCUCGAAACAAAAAAAAAAAAAAAUCUGAGACCAAUCUCUGGAUCUCUUUCAUCUCAUCUUCCCCAGGGCGGAGGAGAGUCGUCUUGAUUUGAUUGGAAAAGAAAAACAAACAGGUAUGACUAGUGUCGUUAAUAAUAAGAAGAGAGUUAGAAUUUCAUCUCCUGGCUCCGACUCGGACGAUAGAGUUGAAGAAAGCGAAAAGAAGGAUAAUGCUUGUUACGUGUGUGACGGAAAAGACGAUUGGGUUUUAGUAUGUCAUGGAGAGCAAUGUCUUAUAUCCAUUCAUCAAAGCUGUACAUGUGAUGAGCCCGACUUUGAUGAAUUCGGUAAUUUCUUUUGCCCUUAUUGUUGGUACAAGCGUCUUGUUCUCAAGUCCUUGAAGCUAAGAGAGAAGCUUUUAGGGAUAGACAAGUCUGGGGUUAGUGAGAAUGUAGCUGAGGUAAAUGUUUCACAAGGUAGAAGGGAAUGUGAUGAAUCGUAUGAGAAAUUCAUGGCGAUGGAGAAGGAUCAGAGAAUGAAAGAAGUUGCGGCCGAAACUCAGUCUCAGGAGCUGGGAGGAGGAUUUAGUGAGAAGAAUCACAUUGCUGAAGAGGAUGAACAACGAGAGCAUCAUCCUAUCUCUACAGACAAUGUUCAAGAGUUAGCUUUGGUCAUCCACCAGCCAAUCGUAGCACAGCCUUUCCGCUCAGUCCCUCCUCCAAAAAUCGGAACUGCGCUUCAUGAUCCCAAGCAAAGAAAACGUAAAAGAGUAUUUUGGACGCAGGCAGAAGAACAAAUGCUUAGGGUUGGUGUGGAGAAAUUCCCUGGAAUCAGGAAUAUUCCAUGGCGCAAGAUCUUGGAGUUUGGUCGGGAUGUGUUUCACGAAGACCGGGUUCCAAGUGACCUCAAGGACAAGUGGAAAAUGAUUAACAAAAUGUGUGGCAAGCCUUCUCUCGACUGAAGGACAACCAAAUCAUCAGUAGCUUAGCAGAGAGCAAAUUAAACCCCAUCGCUUUGCAGUUUGUUCUACAACCUUGUUCAUAAUUUUGCAUGAGGUUGGCUUUUGUAUAAACCUGAUGGUUGUUAAAAAUUACGAACCAAUGCUGCUCUAAUAGAAACCAAAGUAGUACUA